GUUUUCCCCGCCCCUCACCGCAGCCCGCAGCCGCGCUCCCUACAGCGGUCCGCCCGGCCCGGCGCCCCGGGGCCCGUUAGUGCUCCGUGCCCGCUUGCGGGGCCGCCGUGCGACCCCCGCCCGGCGCGAACACGCCCCUGCCCCCCGACACUUGACCCAGCGCAGUCCCAACGCCCAGUGCGGCCGCCCCAGGAGCCGCGGAGCGGCGGCGGCGGGGGGAGGAGGGAGAGGAGGGCCGUGCCGGCGGCCGGGGAGGCCCGGUUUUGAAGCCGCUUCUCUGCCCGAGUUAGGUCUCGCCCAGCUCUGUUUCCUUCUCUAUGUACUUUGCGCGAAUAAGUUUUGGAGCCUCGGUUAACAGCCUGUGGGUGAAAUUUGGCUUUCAUUCGUGAAUGAGGAAUUAUUCUUGACAGAAGUAUUUUAAAAGAAAAAUCUUUACAAUGGCCUCAGCAGUACUUAGUUCUGUUCCCACUACUGCUUCUCGUUUUGCCUUGUUACAAGUGGAUAGUGGCAGUGGUUCUGAUUCUGAGCCUGGAAAAGGCAAAGGUCGGAAUACUGGAAAGUCUCAAACAAAUAAAUCAACUACAAAUGAGAAGAAAAGAGAGAAAAGAAGAAAAAAGAAGGAACAGCAACAGAGUGAAGCAAAUGAGCUCAGGAAUCUUGCUUUUAAGAAAAUUCCCCAGAAAUCCUCCCAUGCCAUUUGUAAUGCUCAGCAUGAGCUAUCAUUACCAAACCCGGUACAGAAGGAUUCACGGGAAGAAAAUUGGCAAGAGUGGAGACAAAGAGAUGAGCAGUUUUUGUUAAUAAUUAAAAGAGAUCUUGAGAAGGCAUUGUUGCUAAGUAAAUUAGAAUAUGAAGAACACAAAAAGGAAUAUGAAAAUGCUGAAAAUGCAUCAACUCAGUCAAGGGUUAUGAAUAAAAAAGACAAAAGAAAGACUCAUCAGGGAAAAGACAAACCUCUCACAAUAUCACUAAAAGAGUUUCAAUCUGAAGAUCACAUUAGUAAAAAGACUGAGGAAUUGAGUUCUUCUCAGACUUUAUCACAUGAUGGAGGAUUCUUCAAUAGACUGGAAGAUGAUGUUCAUAAAAUUCUUAUUAGAGAAAAAAGAAGAGAACAGCUUACAGAAUAUAAUGGAACAGAUAAUUGCACAGCUCAUGAACACAACCAGGAAGUAGUUCUAAAAGACGGAAGAAUUGAAAGACUAAAGUUGGAACUUGAAAGAAAAGAUGCUGAAAUCCAGAAGCUGAAAAAUGUGAUCACUCAGUGGGAGGCAAAGUAUAAAGAAGUAAAGGCAAGAAAUGCACAGUUAUUGAAAAUGCUUCAGGAAGGUGAAAUGAAAGAUAAAGCAGAAAUACUUCUGCAAGUUGAUGAAUCACAAAGUAUCAAGAAUGAGCUAACGAUACAGGUAACUUCACUUCAUGCUGCGUUAGAACAAGAAAGAUCUAAAGUGAAAGUAUUACAAGCAGAAUUAGCCAAAUAUCAGGGUGGCAGAAAAGGGAAAAGAAACUCUGAAUCCGACCAGUGUAGGUGAUUCCAUUAGCCUUUGAGGUCAACACAAAAAUUAAAACUUUCAGGGUUUUGCAAAAAUGUAUAUAUUUAAUGCUGUGCAACUGCUGAACUAUGCAGUUUUUGUUGAAGAAACUUAAAAUGAUUAGCUCACUAAUGGUUUAUAAUCUUAUGUCCUUUUGGCUUAAAGUGAAAAGAAGAAAAAUAGAAUUCCAGCACAACUCAAUGAUUAUUGUUUACUAUUCGUACUUCUUAUCACUUUAGUUUUUCAUCAGUCAAUAAAAUUAAUUUACUCUUCCA